ACACUAAUGUCCGUGAAAAAAUUCCGUUCAACAGCUACUCUAACUUUCUUUAGUUGUUUAUUUAAAAUAUAUUUAUUUAACGAUUGAAAGUGUCUUUGCAAUAUACGUCCGUAAUCUUGACACUGCGUUAUUUUAUUUUAAGUAAAUAACGCGUGCACGUCUGAUUUAAUUAUUAACAUGUGUUUAUACAUCAACAUUUAGACAUUAUAUUAUAUAUACAACAUACAUUUAAAUAUAUAUAUGUACAACAUAAAUUUAAUACUCGCAAACGAGGCUAGCUGACCAAGUGUGUUUAUAAAAAGUUAUUUUUUAAGUUCGUAAUGGCUGGAUUUACCGAAAGUGCGUUAGUUAAAAAAUUGUUGGAUCUUAAUCCAUCUCAACAGAGUAUUCAGACAUUGUCAUUGUGGUUAAUUCAUCAUAGAAAACAUCAUAGUACUAUUGUUAAAGUUUGGUACAGAGAAAUGUGCAAAGCCAGAGAUAAUAGGAAGUUGAUGUUCAUGUAUUUGGCGAAUGAUGUAAUACAAAAUAGCAAGAAAAAAGGUCCGGAGUUUGGUAAAGAGUAUGGUAAUUUUUUACCAAAAGCUUUUGAACAUAUGAAAGGUUUUGAUGAAAAAACACGGGAACGAUUGAAUAGAUUGUUACAAAUUUGGGAGGAACGUGGCGUUUAUGACAAAUCACAAAUUUUAGAAUUUAAAACGGCAUUAGAUUCUGUUAAUGAACCCAUCAAGGAACCUGGUACUCCCCCUCCAAGAAAAAAACCUAAACUUGAUGAUAAAACUAAAGUGAAGACGUCAGCACCCAAAAUAGAGAAGAAGGAAAAGAAAGAAAAAAAAGAAAAAAAGGAACGUAAAAAAUCGGAGACUGAAGUUGAAGUUGAUGGUACCAAAGAAUUACAUGUGACAUUGAGCCCUAGAACACCUGCUGGUGAUCCUCCAGAAACUGAAGAACUUAUAAAAGCUUUGAUGGAUUUAGAAAACACGGCAUCAUCAGACGCAAAUGUGAGAGAAAGAAUAGCGUCACUACCUCCAGAAGUAUCAGAAGUGUCUUUGCUUGCUAAUUUAGCUGAUCGUUCAGCAGCUGACCAGCUGAGUAUUGCAGUUAAUGAGGCUGCUACAUUGCUUGCUGAUUACAACGGACGUUUGCAAGCUGAAAUGGAGGAUCGUCGAAGACUAUUGACAAUGCUCAGGGAUUAUACUUUAGCACAAAGACAAUUGUUACAACAAGCACAAACUACACUUGACGAUUAUAAAGAAAAAUUAAAAAAAAUAUGUGCAGUACGUGCUGAAGUUAAAUCACACAUUUCAAAUUUACCAGAUUUAACACAAUUACCAGAUGUUACUGGUGGCUUAGCACCGUUACCAUCAGCUGGAGAUCUUUUUUCACUUCACUAGUAUACGCCUUUAUUAAUAAUAUUAUUUUUACAAUUAAUUAGUUAAUUAUUGAUAUUAAAGUCGAAGAAAUUAUAAAAUAUAUAUAAAUGUAUUUACGAAAAUUAAAAUCAUUGAGCGAAAUUUAUUUUUAAAGCCAAGACUCAGUAUCAGUUAACUGUCAAAUUAAUCAGUUGAUUAAUUUUUAUUAUAUUUUCAUUAAUAGAGACCAUAAACUUCCUCAUGACGCUGUGAUUUUUUUUUUUUUUUCAAAAUAUAUUGAAAAAAAGAAAACGUUUAAUUGAACAAAAAUAAUUAAUUAAAUUGACAAAUAAAUGAUAAUUAGAAUCGUAUCAAUGGGAGCUUCCUAAAGUAUAUAAUUAUUAUUAAAUCAAGAUUUAAGUAAAUAAUUUAAUGCUGAGAAUGAAAGGAAAAAAUGUAUUUUUAAUGACUGCGAAUGCUUUUUAAUAAUCAUUACAUUAUUAUUAUUAUUCCUAUUAUUAUUAUAAAUAUUAUUUUAAUAAAUCAAUGAAUUAUUAAUGCACACGUAACGAUGUAAAGAUAUUUUUACUCGUCAUGAGGUAAUUGAAUUAAAAUAAAUUUGUUUGUAUGUUAUAUUUACAAAAAAAAAUCGUUUGUAAUUAAUAAUACGAUUAAUUACUUAGUUUUAUUAAUAAACUAUUGUUUAUUAUUAUUACUUAGUUAGUGAAUUAUUUUUAUCAUUGAUAUAUAUUUCAUUAUUAAAGUAUCAGUUGUAUAUUUUUUGGCUAUGAUUUGAUAGUCUGUUAGUUGUAAAUAUGUAUCGUUAAAUAAUUAAAUAAAAAUCAUUUUUUAUUAUUAUUUUCAAUCAUACGCACGAUUUAUUAAUUUUUAUCACUAUUAUAUUUUUUAAUCGUGUAAAUGGUUAAUAAAAAAUUUGAAAAAAAAACAAUGUUUGAAAAAUUAAUUAAUUGUAAUUAGAAAUCUAAUAUUUUAUUUUAUUUACAUGGCUGAUUUUUAACAAACAUUUAAAAGUGAUCGAGGAAGACGUGGUGCCAAAUUUCGAUUAAUGAUAAACUAAGAAAAUUUUAAGUAAUGACUCGAUUGAAUUUAAAUGUGCGCAUGUAAUAAAAUGAAAAAAAUUACAAAAAUAAAUAUAUUAUGAUAAUAAAUUUAAUAAUUAAUCAGCCAUUUGCGUAAUGUCAUGAUUAAUUGGCGGUAUAUUUAAAGAUGAUAAAUUAACUACUGUGUUAUUAAUUAAUUCUCAGGUCUCGUGUGGAUGCGGCGGUCGUGUUGGUUUGAGAAUAAGUUUUCCAGUGUCGUCACAACUCAUAUUAAAAUCACGCAAAACACUUCGUGCUCGUUGUGUUAUUAUACUUGGGGCAAUAACACGCCCGUGGACACCUAACAUGAAUAAAAUUACU